AUGGUUCGCGGCGAGGCCCACCAGACCAAGGUCCACUACAAGGGCCAGGAGGACGACUUCAUCGUCUUCGUUGAGGAUGCCGAGCUGUUCAAGAAGUGGAAGACGGACAAGUCUAUCCCUUUGGCCCACUUCAUCUCCUCCUACAAGAUCUUCGUCACGCACAAGCAAGGCAACCAGGGCACCUACGACGCAGCCUCCAAGUCCACGCUGGAGAACGAGUUCGGUACCAGCGUUGACGACAAGGUGAUCAUCCAGAUCCUUGAGAAGGGCGAUGCGCAGAACACUGAGUUCCCCGAUCGUCAAGGAAACAAGAACGAUUCUCAAGGCCCCUUGAUUGCCCACUAG